UGCCCGGCUUAUCUGUGAACAAACAGCCUCCUGCUCAGGCCUCCACAUCAGCUGCCGCUGUCGCCGCUGCCACCCCCCACCGCAGUUUGCCUUGCAGCCGCUACCAUGUGUACGGGCAAAUGCUCCCGGCUGGUGGGCCUCUCCUUGGUGGCCAUGUCCCUGGCCUGCAUCGUGGCCAACCUCCUUCUGAUGUUCCCCUAUGCCGAGCUGGGCUGGAAGCCUGACCAAAUCACCUUGCAAGUGUGGCUGAUGGGGGGCCUCAUUGGCGGGGGCCUGAUGGUCCUCUGCACCGGGUGCUCUGCAGUGCGGGCUGGAGGAAAAGGCUGCUGCGGAUAUGGGUGCUGUGGGAACAGAUGCCGGAUGCUCCGUUCAGUGUUCUGUUCGGUCUUUGGAGGCCUGGGGGGUUUCUACUGCCUGGUGGUGUCGUCGACAGGCCUGGCCAAUGGGCCCAUGUGUGAGACAAAAGACGGCUCAUGGGGGUCACCCUUCAAGAAUCUCAGCGAGAACUACCUGGGCAACCGGGCCCUGUGGGAGGAGUGCGUGAAGCCCCCCAACGUGGUCCUCUGGAACGUCGUCCUCUUCUCCAUCCAGCUGGGCCUGGGCCUCCUGGAGCUGGUGCUGUGCAGCGUGCAGGUGGUGAACGGCCUCCUGGGCACCGUCUGCGGGGACUGCCGCCGAGCAGAAGACCGCGCGGGCGAAGGCCUGUGAGGCCCCCCCCCCCGGACCACCUCCCCACAGUGUGCACACUCCUUCCAAGCCCCCCAGAGCCAUCCCAAAAGCCAAGCCACGCUCUCCUGUCUUUCUUGGCUACAAUCUGCAAAGUGCAUUGUUUAUUGGAAGAUGCAGGAAUAAACAUCCCUCUCCACUGCA